UGUGUAAUCUAAAAUUAGCUAGAAUUAUACACAAGAGAAAAUUAUUUCGUGGCAAUGGGGUGUAAAAAUUCAAAUGAACUUUAACUGAUAGGGAAUUAAGAUAAUAACACUAUUUUGUAUACAAUUAUGUAUAUCAAACAGAACAAAAUAAAUGAAGAGGGGAUAAAUACUAUCUUGCUAUUGUAGCUACUUUAAUUAUGAUUAAGCAUUUGUUAUUAGGGGUUAAGUUUUUGUCAGUUCAUUUAUUAUCAUUCUUAUUUCAGACUAAGGAUCUGUGAAUAUACUUUUUCUGUGCAUAAAUAUUAAUUGAUCGCCGGCGCGUGGAUGAACCAGUUGUAUCCAUCAAUUAAGAUCACUAAACUUAGUAUUUACAGAUCACUGAUCCGUCUGACACUUAUGGUGAGCAUUCAGGCGUAUGUUAUCAUCCAGCCCCGACAUUCAAAUUACUUUAUAAUUGUGCUGGUCAUUAGGGAAUAAUUGCCUCACAUUGGGCUCUUAGUUGGUCAAUUUUCAAGAAAAACAAAAUGCCUGUCUUAGUUAGUUUAAAUGCCUUUCAGCUGCCUCUCAGCCCGAUCGUUUAGGCCAAGAUCACGCUAUCCAAGAUGUCAGCAAAGUGAUAUAAUCGGAGUACAGAACAAAACAAGUCAGUACAAUAAUAGCUUGUCUCGAUCUGUACUUAAUGAUAUGGCAUCUGGGUUGACUAGCCUCACAUUAUCUUGUGGUCAGCACUGGCGAUUCCCCACAUCGCCACAUGAAUCCGAAAGGAUUCGAGACAUUCUAUUCUAGGUGGAAACUCCCCAAGGUGAUUCGUGAAAAAAGAGAGUUUAUUUUAGGGGGUCCAAAGUACUGUAUAUCUCAGAGUUAAGAUAGUUAAAAAGCUCCCACUCUUUGAGCUCUUUAAGAGAACCUCAAAAGAGAUAAGACGUGGAGCUUCUGGCGGCUUUUGGAUGGAGGGCCACAUUUAGUGACGAUAAAAGUGAACGCGGAUCAAGUUGGGCCGCAAAACUUUCCACACAAGCACAGCCGUCAGAUUAGUUGACCCACAAGCAACAACAAAAAAAAGUAACAUGUUGUCACAGAAUUUGCGGCUCGGUCGGGGAUUUGUUAAUUACGGAGUUUGCCGACAGAGCUUGAGAAACUUUGCAGCCGCUGGCAAUAAAAACAAAAGCCCUGAUAACAAUGCCAACGAUGUGGAUGAGCGACACCCGCUGCAUGGUAUCCGGAUUUUGGACUUAUCGCGCAUCAUCGCCGGCCCCUACUGCACCAUGGUUCUGGCGGAUCUCGGGGCGGAGGUCAUCAAGGUCGAACGUCCGCACUUUGGCGACGAGGCCAGGAAAUGGGGGCCUCCCUUCCUGGAGAACAGCAAAGAUGCCGCCUAUUUUCUGGCCCCCAAUCGCAAUAAGCGGAGCAUCUGCAUCGACAUUAAGCGCGGCACACGGCUCCUUCAUCGGCUGGCCGAGAUUAGCGAUGUGCUGGUGGAGAACUAUGUGCCCGGUACCUUGGAUCGCUACGGUUUGGGCUACGAGCAGUUGCGCAAGGUGAAUCCCAAGCUCAUCUAUUGUUCUAUGACGGGCUACGGUUCUGUGGGACCGUAUGCAAAGCGACCCGGCUACGAUGUGAUUGCCUCAUCCGUGGGCGGACUGAUGCACAUCACCGGCGAGCGGGAUGGACCGCCCAGCAAGGUGGGCGUGGCCGUGACGGACAUGUCCACCGGGCUCUAUGCCCAUGGAGCUAUUUUGGCAGCUCUCUAUCAAAGGACGCGCACUCAGCGUGGCCAGAAGAUCGAAGUGGACCUGCUGUCCACCUGCUGCUCCCUGUUGCUCAACGUGGGCAGCAACUAUUUGAAUUCAGGAGUCGAAGCCGGGAGAUUAGGCACUGCCCACUCGAGCAUAGUUCCUUAUCAGAGCUUUAAGACGAAGGAUGGCUAUCUCACACUGGGCACCGGCAGUGAUGAGCAGUUUUCGGACCUGUGUCGCCGCUUGAAAGUGGAGGAGUUGCCUCGGGAUCCGAAGUUCCAAGCCAACAAAGAUCGAGUCAAGCAUCGUGAUGAGCUGAUCAAGAUCUUGGAGGCAAUGCUAGCUGAGAACACCUCCCGCAACUGGAUGAAGCUGUUUGAGGGCGCCUCCUUUCCCGUGGGACCUGUGAACUCUAUUCCCGAAGUUUUCGAGGACGAACACGUUCAGGCCAUUGGCCUGGUCAAAACCCUGUCGCAUCCCAAAGAUGGAUCCGUCAAGGUAGUAGGUCCUCCCGUGGUCUUUAGCGAAGCGCGGAACGAUGCCCGAACAGCUCCUCCUAUUUUGGGACAGCAUACGGAUGAAGUGCUGGGUGAACUAUUGGGCUAUGGGCAGGAAGAGCUGGCCGAGCUGAAGAAGGAUAAUAUUAUUCAGUAAGCCGACUAGGUUUUGCAUGGAGUCAAAAAAAAAUAUAUAAAAAUAUGUAUCACAGCUCACUCUCAGAAUUGUAUGACCAAAUGUUUUUUUUAAAAAAUAAGCAUUUACAAUUAAAAAAGAUCUUUAGAUUAAGAUAAAAAUGAUUAAAUACAAAAAAAGUGUACCGAAAAUAUUCAUAUUCAAAAAUAUAUGCCAAAUAUAUAAAUAUUCUGCAAAGCACAUUCAAAGCUUCGGGUUGAAUAUGAAUUUCUAAAAGAUCAGAAGUUAAUGAGAAAAUCAUUAGCAAUAUUUCAAAAUAAUUUGCUUUGCUAGAAAUGUGUUAAGACUUUUGAAUAGUAUGUCGGGUCAGAAGACUAGUGGAAAAGGCCAAAGAUUACUUUCCGCACAAUCAGUUCUGUGUCGUAAACAUCGAACCCUCCCUAAUGUUGAAUUUAGCAGUGUUUUGAAAGAUACUGAUUUGUACUCAGCUAGAGUACAAGCUAUAAAUAAGCAAAACAAUAUAGAAAAAUGAUUUCUUAGUAAAAAAUUUAAACAUAGUAUUUAGGAAAAUAAUAUGUCUACAUUUUUAAAAAUCCUUGCCUGUUUUUCACAACGAUUGUUUUUUUAUUUAAAUUUACGUCGUCGUAAAAGAUGAGUAUACGGGUCAAUAAUCCUGUGAGUUCUGAAGUUCAAACUUUUGAUUAACUAUGGCAGGUCUCUAAUGUCUACAUAUGUAUAUCAACGUGUCUAGCAAUGCUGAUCAUUAAUUAUAAUAUAUGAAUACUAUCUCAACAUCUGACCAUUAUUGUAAAUACCCUCCGCAGGGAUACAAUAAAAUGAUUGAAAUCAGUAGACAUCGUCUUUGUUGUUAACCAAAAACCCCAAUCCUGUUUCAGCGGGAUGCCGUUCGGCAGUCGUCACAUCCCCUGGCGCCAGCGAACGCGGCGACAGAAGGUAAUAAUCGUGGCCUUCUAUGGCCUGAUUUUGGCCCUGAUCCUUAACUUGGCCGGUUGGCUGUCGUUUCUGUGUGUGUUCCAGCAGGCAGAGAAGUAUCGCAGCAGGACAAGACUCGACUAGGAGGGUGAGGAUGAGGACAAGGUCA